UUACGGCAGAUAAUAGGCCAGUGUGGAGUGAAUUGAGUAAUGGCAGGAACAGACACGAGAUAGUCCACGAACUUUACGUGAUUCCUAGAUUUAUCAGGUACCAGCAGCCGGACGGACGCCUGUCUUCGUCGCCGUUGGUAGUGAGAGGCUGAUUCCCACCCCGUUUUUCUGUCAACAUAGCAACUGUAUGCAGUGGAAUGGCUGAAGUGCCGCCUGGGCCUAACGCACUGCCUUCAUCCCCGAGCGAGAUCACACCGCUGCCCGUGGACGGGUGCACCUUACUGGGCAAAGAUGACGGACGGGACAUCAUCGGCCCCGGCCCGGGACACCAGCACGCCAGCGAGCAUAAAACGAUAGUCAAAUCCAACCAGAACAACGUGCAUCCCAACGCAACAGCCGCCCAGUUUCACACAGCCCAGCUGAACGGGGUCCAGUGCAACCACACUCACCUCCAGAACCACGUCCAGCAACACCGGCCGUCCGACAAUCAAAACGCUGCUUCCGAUCACCACGGCGAACCGGAGGUUGAUCACACGGAAAACAACAACUGCACGCGAAAUAAACGAUGUAGUGAUCUAAUAUCCCAGAGCCAACCGCCGCCGAACAACGGACUAAACUGCACGGGCGGCAUGGCGAUCACGGAGAGCAGUUCUUGCCGACCGGAGAACGAUGUAAGUAGUAGGACUGGUGCGGCGGAUGCGGCGGCGCUGGUGCUGGACGGGGCUGGAUCAGGAUCAGGCCCGGACACGCAGGCCGCUGGAGUUGAGCAGGCGGCGGCUGACAGCGCUCCGGUGGCGGAGAUGUCGAGAUUGGCGCUGGAGGAGCACGACGAGUCCAUCCGAUACGUGAGAUACGAGUCCGAGCUCCAGAUGCCCGAUAUCAUCCGACUCAUAACGAAAGACUUAUCUGAGCCCUACUCCAUAUACACCUAUAGGUACUUUAUUCACAACUGGCCUCAGCUCUGCUUUCUGGCAAUGGUUGAGAAGGACUGUGUUGGUGCCAUCGUGUGUAAGCUAGACAUGCAUAAGAAGAUGUUUCGUCGCGGGUACAUCGCCAUGCUUGCCGUGGACUCCAAAUUCCGCAGGAAAGGCAUCGGCACCAACCUUGUGAAAAAGGCCAUUUAUGCUAUGGUGGAGGGGGACUGUGAUGAGGUUGUGCUAGAGACGGAAAUCACCAACAAAUCAGCCCUGAAACUCUAUGAGAACCUGGGCUUUGUCAGGGACAAGAGGCUGUUUAGAUAUUAUUUAAACGGAGUGGACGCACUUCGACUCAAACUCUGGCUUCGCUAAAUCAAACUUCGGGGCCCUCAACUCUUUCUUCAUCCCUCUGGCCUCCUCUUCUUCCACUUUCCCCCAGCCCUCCGGCCUCAGAUCACCCGACUUCCCUUCAAUAGAAAGAUACUCAACCUAUGCUGAGCCACGAAGGGGAAGCUCUAAGGGAAAAAUUCAACCAAUCAUAAUAAAGUGUUUUAAGAACUUUUUUGUGUGAACGAAAGAAAGGUCAUUGCAAAAAAGAAAAUGAUAUACAAAGUCGGCUACUAAUAGGACAUUGACACCCAAAAGGAAAAUGUGCUGGCGUCUCUGCUCAGGUGUCAAUAGCCGGACUUAAGAACUCUGUGUAUUUUUGGUUCGGGGAGUGAAGACGGGUGGGACGAAUGUGUCAACGGCAUCGGCGAAACGAAUCACGCCGAAAGCUAACAAUGCGCCACAACUCUGUUUAGUUUAUUUUUACUUCAGAAACAAUCACAACCCGAAGGAUGGAAAUUUCUUUAAACCAACUCAAAACUACUCAAAUCAAUUUUUGUUUUUCUAAAAGAGGGUGCACGGGAGCAUCGCAGGUUGCGAUUGUGUUGGAGCCUGCUGCUUUGCGUUGUUUUUUUGUGCGUACGGGGGUCUGUGGUUUAUUUUGUGUUUUUUUUUAAUGUUGUUUUGGAAAACACUGAGCAGAGCUUUUGCCCGCUAUGAAGUUUGAGCUAUGACAAACUAACACGCAUACAGAAACACUUUAACAUGAAUGCUGCAAAAAUGAUGCAGAUGGGCAUCUCUGCUCUUUUAAGCUGGUUAUAUUAGUUCACAUUUUACCAUAUUGGUUUAUGUGGCUUGUGAUUCUGACACGAAUAUCAUCUCACCGAACAAGAUGACUUCUCUGUGAGUGUUUUGUACAAUUAGAUUGAGAAUUAUUUACUAAAUGGGUCUAAAAGGAGAGUAUUCUAAUUUCUUUUUAUGACUGUCUUCUUCAUAGAGUCCCCCCUUCCCAUAUUUGGACAUUUAAAAAGACGCACUUCUCAUUUUUGCACUGAUUAGAUAGGGAGUAUGUGCUCAGUAUACUUCCCUUAUCCGCCACUGCCUUUGUGGACCAGUAGGGGGCAGAAUACAGAUUUCACCAGCCCAGUCGUUCCUUUGGACUCAUGCAAAUAGUUGCUUUAAAGUCAGGAAACGGAUUGAUUAUAUGCAAGACGACAUUGUUUAGAGGUGUUUUAAAAUUUAUGGAUGAAAUUUCCGAAGGUUAGUGCUUUUAUCGGUUUGUGUUUAACAGUAGUGUGCUGUGACAGCUUGAUCAUCACCCACGUUGUAUGUGUUUCUGUCAUUGCCAAUAGACCCCCAUUUUGCUUUGCUGCUGGCUCAUGAGCUGUUGUCGGAAAAAAAGUGUUUUGUUUUUAAAGUUUGGAGUGGGAAACAAGUUUUUUUUUUUGAUUUGCUAAUUGUACAUAUGGAGGUUUGAUUUGUUGUUUUGGAUUGUCAGUGGAAAAGUUCCCCAUAGAGCUGCUCCUGCUCAAUUGUUGAGAAGACAAAUAAUUUGCUUUAUAAAUUUGCGCUGAAAUACACCGAUAUUGCUGAUUGAUUUAUGGGACGAGGAAUUUAUGCCUUUUUUAAUUGUUUUAUUUGAAGCCUAAAUUGUAGUCCAUUUCCAGGAAAUGUAAUGGUCCCAUCAGUCCCUGUUGAUGUACAAGACCGUGUGCUGUCUCUCAGUAAGGCUCAGGUGUUUGGUUCUCUUCAAUUCUUAUUUCACUUGUCAGAGGCUCUUUUCAAGGAUUCAGUGGUUAUUAAUAGGCAACUUGUCUUUGUAAGAAUUGGAUUCUUUUUGAUUUGCAGAUUAGGCAAUUUUCAAAAGAAAGUUCGAUUCAGCCUUUGAGUAGUUUUCUUCCCAAUGGACCAUCAAAGUCAACUUUUCGAUUGCAAAUAUACAUUUAUUUUGAAGUCAUCGGAUAGCUUACAUUCAUGUCCAUUUAUUCACCCUUAUGCUGUUCCAAACCUGUGCAUUUCUGUGGAACACAAUUGAAGAUAUUUAUGUUUUGUUCUAUCUGAGUUUAAAAAGGCAUUGACUUAACAUUGACCAUUGUAUGGACAAAACAUUUUAUGCUAAACAAACAAAGAACAAAUGUUUGAAAUGGCAUGAGGGUAGAAAAAUUCUAUCAAAGUUCUCUAGCAUUAAAAUAAAAUUCAGAUCUUGUAAGAACUCGGAUGUAAUGGAUUUCCAGCUAUCAAUCGUUGCCAUUCAAUACUGCGCAUAUUUUCGUAUCGGAUAUUGUUUAAAGUUGUGGUUGGCACGAUGAUGUUUUUUGCACUGCCAAUAUCUGACUUUUGUGGUUUAUUACUGCAAGCUGUCCAUUCAACAUUAUGGCCUUGAACAGCUUUAGACGGAACAGCUGGCAGGUUCUAGCUGGUAAGAUCACAUGUUCAGAUGAUGUGGACACUAAUCUGACCGGCUUCUGUUUUGGGGAAUCAUUCAGUGAUGGGACUAAUUUUGACUCUGCACUUGUGGCUAAUUCUCACCCCUGUGAACGGUGGUGUUUAUGUUGUAGUUAGUGUUGCUCUUGUACUUUCAGCUGAUGAUUCGGACGAGCGAGAAUUGCACCUCAAAACAUGGACACAUUUUGUCGGGGAAAGAGCGACCGUUUGCAUGUUGAUAAAAUCUUCUCCAACCUUCUUUCUCCCACUUUCAACCCUGACAAAAUGUCUUGCAAAAAGUUUCUUUGUUUUCAAGUGAACAACAGACCUGGUUUAAAAAUUAUAAAUAAAUUAUUUGAUUUUUAAUCAAA